UGAGGGCCUGGGCCGGGCUGCGGAGCCGCCCGGGGCACGGACGGGGUGGCGGCGGUGACUCGGUCGGUGCUGGCCCGGCCUCUCCCGGCCUUGGCCGUCGCCGCGGGGCCUCAGCGCGGCGGGCCCGGGCGCUGCCCGGCCCUGCGGGGCCGCGCGGCCUCUCCGGCCCCGGCCCCAUCAGCGGAUAUAAAUAUCCAGCAUCGGAUUAAGCCAAGUAGGACGCGGUGAGGGCUCUUGGAGGAGGAGGCAGGAGGCCGCGGUGAGGGGCUGCGCUGUCCGGCCUGGCUCCCCCCCAGUGCUGGCGCAGGUGAGUCCCUGCAUCCCUUCGGGAUGAAGCUGAAGAAGCAGGUGACAGUGUGCGGGGCUGCCAUCUUCUGCGUGGCCGUCUUCUCCCUCUACUUGAUGCUGGACCGGGUACAGCAUGACCCUACACGACACCAGAGUGGGGGCAACUUCCCCAGGAGCCAGAUCUCGGUGCUACAGAACCGCAUCGAGCAGCUGGAGCAGCUGCUGGAGGAGAACCAUGAGAUCAUCAGCCACAUUAAGGACUCGGUGCUGGAGCUGACAGCCCAUGCAGAGGGGCAGCCGGCAUUGCCCCAGCACCCCCUGAAUGGCUCCUGGGUGCUCCCCCCUGAGAGUCGCCCAAGUUUCCUCUCUGUGUCCCCGCAAGACUGCCAGUUUGCUCUAGGGGGCAAAGGACAGAGCCCAGACCUUCAGAUGCUGGCUGUGUACUCCCUGCUGCCCUUUGACAACCAGGACGGUGGUGUCUGGAAGCAGGGCUUCGACAUCACCUACGAGCCCAAUGAAUGGGACACAGAGCCCCUACAGGUGUUUGUGGUGCCGCACUCCCACAAUGACCCAGGCUGGAUCAAGACUUUCGACAAGUACUACUAUGACCAGACGCAGCACAUCCUCAACAGCAUGGUGCUGAAGAUGCAGGAGGACCCGCGCCGGCGCUUCAUCUGGUCUGAGAUCUCCUUCUUUUCCAAGUGGUGGGACAACAUCAGUGCCCAGAAGCGGGCUGCUGUGCGCAGGCUGGUGGGCAAUGGGCAGCUGGAGAUGGUGACAGGCGGCUGGGUGAUGGCUGAUGAGGCUAAUUCCCACUACUUCGCCAUGAUUGACCAGCUGAUCGAGGGGCACCAGUGGCUGGAGAAGAACAUUGGUGUGACGCCGCGGUCGGGCUGGGCCGUAGACCCCUUUGGGUACAGCUCCACCAUGCCCUACCUGCUGAAGCGCUCCAACCUGACAGCCAUGCUCAUCCAGCGCGUGCACUACGCCAUCAAGAAGCACUUUGCUGCCACCCAGAACCUGGAGUUCAUGUGGAGACAGACAUGGGAUCCAGACACGAGCACCGACAUCCUCUGCCACAUGAUGCCCUUCUACAGCUACGAUGUGCCUCACACCUGUGGCCCAGACCCCAAGAUCUGCUGCCAGUUUGACUUCAAGCGCUUGCCUGGAGGCCGGAUCAACUGUCCCUGGAAGGUGCCUCCCCGCGCCAUCACCGAUGCCAACGUGGCAGAGCGAGCCCAGCUGCUGCUGGACCAGUACCGCAAGAAGUCCAAGCUGUACCGCAGCAAGGUGCUGCUGGUGCCCCUGGGAGAUGACUUCCGCUACGACAAGCCACAGGAGUGGGAUGCCCAGUUCCUCAACUACCAGCGCAUCUUCGACUUCCUCAACUCUCGGCCCGACCUCCAUGUCCAGGCACAGUUUGGCACGCUCUCUGAUUACUUUGAUGCCCUGUACAAGAAAGUGGGCAUCGUACCAGGGAUGAGGCCCCCCGGGUUCCCAGUUCUGACCGGGGAUUUCUUCUCCUAUGCGGACCGGGAAGAUCACUACUGGACAGGAUACUUCACUUCCCGGCCGUUCUACAAGAGCCUGGACCGGGUGCUGGAGGCCCACCUCCGGGGGGCAGAGAUCCUGUACAGCCUGGCACUCGCCCACGCCCGCCGUGCCGGUGCCGAUGGCAGGUACCCACUCUCUGACUACGCCCUGCUGACCAACGCCCGCCGCAACCUGGGCCUCUUCCAGCACCAUGAUGCCAUCGCUGGCACUGCCAAGGAGGCUGUGGCCGUGGACUAUGGAGUCCGGCUGCUCCAAUCCCUCACCAACCUCAAGCGUGUCAUCAUCAAUGCUGCACACUACCUUGUGCUGGAGGACAAGGAUGCAUAUCGCUACGACCUGGCUGCACCGUUCCUUGGCAUGGAUGAGACACGCUCCAGCCAGGACUCUCUUCCAGAGAGGACAGUGGUCAAACUGGGCACCUCACCUCGGUUCCUGGUGGUGUUCAACCCGCUGGAGCAGGAUCGCCUGAGCGUGGUGCCAGUGCUGGUGGACUCCCCGCACGUGCGUGUGCUCUCUGAGGAGGGGCAGCCCCUGCCCUCCCAGCUCAGUGCAGUGUGGAACUCUGCCACUGAUGCGGUGCCCAAUGUCUACCAGGUGUCUGUCCUGGCCCGCCUGCCUGCGCUGGGGCUGCGUGUGCUGCAGCUGCACAAGGCCUUGGAUGGCCACGCCACGCCAAGGUCCUCCACGCGCCUGUACCUGCACGGCCGGGACGUGCCCGUGCACAAGCCCGAGGCUCUGCCCCUGCACGUCUUCCCGGCUGCUGCUGAUGACUUCUGCCUGGAGAACCAGCACCUGCAGGCCUGCUUCUCGGGGCGCACGGGUCUGCUGCAGAGCCUGCGCCCAGCUGGGGAGGAGCAGGGGCACAGGGUCAGCAGCGAAUUUCUCGUCUAUGGCACCAGGACCUCCAAGGACAAAAGUGGGGCCUAUCUCUUCCUGCCUGAUGGCGAGGCCAAGCCCUACACUCCCAAGGACCCCCCAGUGGUGCGGGUGAUGGAGGGACCCCUCUUCUCAGAGGUUGCCAGCUACUACCAGCAUGUCCAGACCGUGGUGCGGCUGUACAAUGUGCCAGGGGUGGAGGGCCUGUCCCUGGAUGUGUCCUGCCUGGUGGACAUCCGUGACCACAUCAACAAGGAGCUGGCCCUGCGCUUUAGCACUGACAUUGAGAGUGAUGACACCUUCUUCACGGACCUUAAUGGUUUCCAGAUCCAGCCCCGCAGGUACCAGCGGAAGCUGCCUCUGCAGGCCAACUUCUACCCGAUGCCUGCCAUGGCCUACAUCCAGGACAUGCAGAGCCGCCUGACACUGCUCACAGCCCAGGCCCUGGGGGUCUCCAGCCUCCACAGCGGCCAGCUGGAGGUGAUCCUGGACCGGCGCCUCAUGCAGGAUGACAACCGGGGCCUGGGCCAGGGGCUGAAGGACAACAAACGUACCUGCAACCGGUUCCGGCUCCUCCUGGAGCGCCGCAGCACUGCCAACAAGGUGCAGGAUGAGCGCCCCAUCAGCUUCCCCUCCCUGCUGAGCCACAUCACCUCUGUGCACCAGAAUGCUGAGGCCUUGGUCAUGCCAGUGGCCCUGGAGAAGCCAGCCCUGCCAGCCUUGCGCUCCUUUGUGCCCCUUGCCACCACCCUUCCUUGCGACUUCCACAUCCUCAACCUACGGACGCUGCAGGCAGAGGUGAGCCAUGGCCCAGGGAUGGCAGGACUCUGGUGGGGGCCUUGCCCCUGCUGUCCCCAGUGCUGUGCCUCACGCUCCAGCUCCCUGCAGGAUGACUCACUACCAUCAGCUGAGGCAGCACUGAUCCUGCACCGCAAAGGCUUCGACUGCAGCCUGGAGGCCAAGAACCUGGGCUUCAACUGCACCACCAGCCAGGGCAAGCUAGCUCUGGGAGGCCUGUUCCAGGGCUUGGAGCUGGGCUCCCUGCAGCCCACCUCAUUGACACUGAUGUACCCGCUGGGCACAGCCUCCAACAGCACCAACAUCCACCUGGACCCCAUGGAAAUCGCCACGUUCCGCAUCCGCCUGGGGUAGUGUCAAGCAGGAGAGGAGUGGAGUGGCUGGACAGCACAGGAGCAGCACCAGUGCAGCAGUGGAGUGGGGCCAGCAGACUGGCAGAGGCUGUGCUGCCACUUUCUAAUUUAUUAGCUCCAUGUUCUCAGAUAGAUUUGGAAUGAACUGCUGUGGCAGGGCUGGAGCAGACGUUGCUGGACACGGUGCUGGGUGGGCCGAGCGUGGCUGGGGAGGGCUGCAGGCUGGGCUCUGCUGCUGCUGGUGGGACACACACUGCUGCCCUGUCACAGGCAGGCUGCCCAGGAGGGCGGCCACCCUGAUGGCUGGGGCAGGGGCCCAUGCGGGGCUCCCCUGACUGGCGGGGCAGCAAGGAGAGGCCAGGAGCACCUGUGGUGUUGGGCAGCUGCCUGAGGAAGUGCUGUGGACUUGGGACUGACCUCUCCUGGAGCUCAUAGGAAACACAAGGCUGUUUCCAAGG